CGACAACGCCGCCGUCGCUGUGCGGAAGCGAUUAUGAGAUGAAAGCACGAUUCUUCUAAUUGCUGUAGACACGAUGAAUGUCUUCAAACUACUCUCACGAUCAGCGAAGGGCCCCCAGACUUCGCCGACCCAGAAGCUUCCCUCAUCCGGUGCGGUCGCGAAUCCACAACUCUUCGGGCAUGACGAGGAUGAUAGACCGUCACAAGUUCCAAGUGCAAACAAGAAACGCAAGAGGGGUGAACAUACCACAGAGCAGUUUUCGGCACUCCCAAUCGAUUUGGACUUUUUUUGUCAUGGUGCGGAACGGUUCAAACCUGGGCCCAAGGAGAAUGGCAUGGAUCCCGGACCUGUCCUAGGGAAAAGGAAGAAAGGAAGUGAUCAAGUUGUUAGCGUCCCGGGUAACCAGGUGGGGGCUCAUUGUGCUGAGGAGGCAUACGACCAGGACGAAUGCAAACGAGUUUUACGGUCGCACAAGCUGAAGAUCGUAGUGCUGGAGGGCUUCACUCUGCAAGAGGAGGCGCUUAGUGAAGACAAGAAGAAGAAGAAGAAGUCAAAGAAGCGAGAAAAAGAUAAGGAGGAGACUGGCAACAAGACGAAGAAGAAUGCGAAGGCCCAAUUGUAUCCACAGCCCUUGACGUCUUUCACCCAGUUGAGGACACGAUAUGGAAUCUCGAGAGGACUGGCAGAGAAUUUACAGGCGCAAGGAUAUACGAUGCCCACUGAGGUUCAGCUGGGAGCUUUGCCAUUGCUACUGGGGAACAAACAGGAGGGCAAAGUAGGCUGGAGUGGUUCUAGCGCACCAGGAAGUGACCUGGGAGGGAAUAUCGAUCUUCUAACUAUCGCGCCCACUGGGAGUGGGAAAACAAUAGCUUUCUUGAUACCAUUCAUUAGUGCUCUUCAGUCUGAGAGCAGGAAUCCAUCAGAGUCAAGGGCCCAAGGACCUCGCGCAAUAAUUAUCGCUCCGACAAGGGAACUAGCUUCACAAAUUGUCAAUGAGGCACGGAAACUCACCAAGGGUACCAGUGUUAAAGCCACACUUAUGAAGAAAGGAAUGGAAGUCGUUGAGCGGUCAGAUGACGAGGCUCCUGAAGCUGAUUCCGAGCAAGCUAAGGAAUCCGAUAGCAAUGAGGGAGGCACAACUGGCUCAGAGAGCAGCGGGGCGAUUUCACAAAAGUGGAAACGCAAACGGAGACGAGCGGGGAUGGUUAAAUCUGCCGUACUUGUGGCAACACCACUUGCUCUCUUAAACGGGUUGAAACAUCACGAUAAUCGAUUGUCGAAGCUCCCGAAUAUACGAUAUCUAGUCCUAGAUGAGGCCGAUGUUCUCCUUGAUCCCCUCUUCCGCGAACAGACGUUAUCUAUUUGGAAUGCUUGCACACAUCCUUCUCUCCGAGUUGGUCUCUGGUCUGCAACUAUGGGCUCUAAUAUCGAAGCUCUCGCCAUAAAAACUCUCAAUAACCGUUGGAAAACAAUAUCUUCCACAUGUUCGGAGCUUCCCCCCCGGGCACCGCUUAUCCGAUUAGUUGUCGGCCUAAAGGACACCGCAAUCCCAAACAUCGCCCACAAGCUCAUCUACGCCGCCACUGAGCAAGGCAAACUUCUAGGCGUAAGGAAUCUCUUACAUUCCACUGCCACUCCCUCCACAGAGAUGGCUACAUCCCUUCGGCCACCAUUCCUAGUGUUCACACAGACAAUUCCACGCGCCGUAGCCCUUCACUCCGAACUACUCUACGACAUCCCCCCCGCAGCAGGCGGUAGCUCUCGAAUCGCUGUACUGCAUUCCGAUCUCUCCCCCUCUGCUCGCGAAAAUAUCAUGGCGCGCUUCCGCCGCGGCGAGGUCUGGGUUCUUAUUACAACGGACCUCCUCGCCCGCGGCGUCGAUUUCCGAGGCUUGAAUGGAGUCGUUAACUACGAUGUCCCGAACUCCGCAGCGGCAUACAUACACCGUGUUGGUAGAACAGGAAGGGCAGGGCGCGAGGGAGGCAUUGCAGUGACGUUUUACACACAAGAAGAUAUCCCGUACGUCAAGAAUGUAGCGAAUGUCAUCCAAGCGAGUGAGAAGUUGAAAGGCAAGGGAGAGGAUGAGGUAACGGUUAAGCAAUGGCUGCUAGAUGCUCUUCCCACACCGACGAAACGUGAUAAACAGCUAUUAAAGAAGAGGGGGGUGGAGGCGAGACGUACGGUUAAGGAUGGGGAGGGCAGAGCGAAGAUGAGAAUCAGUACGAAGAGUGGGUAUGAGAGAAGACUUGGGAAUAAUCGGAAGGGGGCCAGGAUGGCGAAUAGGGCGAAGGGAAGGGAGGAGAGAAAUAUUCAGGGAGAUGUGAGUCAGGCUGAGCCCGAAGGGUUUAGGGGCAUACGUCAUACGUUAGAUAAAUGGAAGGAAAGAGCUGUUCCUCAAACAUCGCUAUUCUCGGUAAAAAUUGCUAAGGCCGAAGUACACCUCAACAUCUCCCUCGCCUCUUCUCGCUUUAGUAUCGCAUCAUAUCAUUCACAUAUGCGUGUCAUCGCAUUCCUAAAGUACACCAUGCGAAAUAACUACAUGAAUACAAACAUAACUCUCCAUGUCGUCUUAACGCACAUUAUCCCUAAACUUGCCAUGCGACCGAUCAAGAAAUCCACAUUCCCGAAAAGUUUCCACAUCCCUGACCCGAGACCAUUCCAUAGCCCCAUGACCAACUCAGAUCAAACCCGAUACCAUUAUUCCACAAAGGAUCACCAUAACACGCCUCACAACUUCGUUUUAUCCCAUUUGCAGAUGAAACGAUAG